AUGGCCAUCGAUUCGGUGAUGUCCCUUUACCCUAGCAACCCUUUUCUCAUGUCAUCAUCGUUUGCUUCGGAAGACAGUGAGAUAGAUGAUAACCAAUUCAACUUCACUAUCAGCGACGAGUUGCUAAUCGAUCCAAAAGACGUUGAGAUAAGUGACAUCAUCGGAAGAGGAAGAAACUCCUUCGUCUGCAAAGGACUAUACAAAAACCAAGUUCCUGUGGCGGUGAAGCUAGGUCCAACAAUAAGAACAUCUGCUGGAAGCAAACAUUACAAGGAAAUGUUCCAAAAUGAAGUUAUUUUUCUAUCCAAGAUCAAACAUGAUAACAUUGUGAAGUUUGUUGGAGCUAUCAUAGAGCCAGUAUUGGUGAUAGUUACUGAACUCCUUGAAGGCGGUUCUCUUAAGAAUUUAUUGUGGGGAUCUCUUCCAAAGACUCUUGACCUGAAGAUGUCACUAAGCUAUGCUCUAGAUAUUGCUCGAGCCAUGGAGUGUUUGCACUCAAAUGGCUUCAUUUACCGCGAUCUAAGGCCAAAGAAUGUGUUGUUAACGAGUGAUCUGACACACGCGAAGUUGUCUGAUUUUGGACUUACAAGAGAAGAGACAACAGGUUGUAUGACUACUAAGGCUGGAACUUACAGAUGGAUGGCUCCUGAGGUUUUCUUUUGUGUAUAUCUGCAGGUAAUUAACCGUGAGCGUUAUGAUCACAAAGUUGAUGUUUAUAGCUUUGCUAUAGUUUUAUGGGAAUUGCUUACCAAAAAACUACCAUUCAGUGGACUCUUUGACAUCAAUGUGGCUUAUUUAGUAGUAAGCAAGAACAAGAGGCCAAGUCUUUGUGAUAUUCCCGAUGAUGUUGCCUCCAUUCUGGAAUCUUGUUGGGCAAAGGAUCCGAAGGCACGUCCUGAGUUCAAGGAGAUUACUGUCUUAUUGUCAAACUUACUAACCACCUUGUGCUCAGAUAAUAACUGUGGAUUCGGUGAGCAAUCUGAUUUAGAAAGCGUGUGCUCGGACAACAGUAGUAAUCGGACAAUGAUUAAUCAUCCAGCAUUAAACGAGGAAGAUUAUGAUGGUGACGAUGAUAUGGAAGAUGAGUGUUCAACGAGCACUCUGAUUCAAAUGCGUAAUAGCCAGGAGACAAAACCAAUGAAGAAGAUGGGGGAGGUGAAGAAGAGAGUGAUGAAACUGAUAUCUCCUUUCUUUAAGAUGUUCAAGCAUUGUUUGUCCAAGCCAUGA